GAGGGAAUGAUUGAAGGCGAUUGGGGAGCGUCCUCGAUUUGGGUGCGACACGGUGCGUUGAAUCGAAGCAGCAUGGUGGAGAUUACCGGGACUGGCGUCGCGGCGGGGAGGGGAGCGCGGCCGUGGCGGCUUGCCGACGAGAUGCACCCUCCCGGCGUCGGAUGCCGGGCGGUGGCGGCUGAGCACGUGAGGGCGUUCCACCGCCACGAGCCCGAAGAGAAUCAGUGCAGCUCCGCCGUCGUCAGGCACAUCAGAGCCCCCGUCCACCUCGUGUGGUCUCUGGUGAGGAAAUUUGAUGAACCACAGAAGUACAAGCCCUUUGUAAGCAGGUGUAUUGCGCAGGGGGAUCUCGGGGUUGGGAGGUUGAGGGAGGUGAAUGUAAAGUCCGGGCUCCCUGCCACCACGAGUACUGAAAGGUUGGAGCAUCUCGACGAUACUGAGCACAUUCUCAGCUUUAAGAUCGUCGGAGGGGACCACAGGCUUAAGAACUAUUCAUCCAUCGUAACAGCCCAUCCCGAGACCAUCGAUGGGAAACCUGGGACGCUGGUGAUCGAAUCGUUCGUAGUGGAUGUGCCUGAUGGGAACACCAAGGAUGAGACUUGCUACUUUGUGGAGGCCUUGAUCAAAUGCAACCUCAAGUCACUGGCAGAAAUAUCCGAGCGCCUGGCUCUUCAAGACUACACAGAGCCAGUUGACCUCUGAAUUGUCUGGUGGAGGUAAUGGAGGUAGUCACAAGUCAUGGUUUAGGGCCCUGACGUUAUGAAAGCUUUGCAAAAGUCUGGUUGUUUCUUAUUUCUUCCCCUUCGGUUAUGCAUUAGUAUAUGUAUGGUUUUAAGUGAUGAAGGCAAAGCUUCAGGGCUAUAUCAAAGUAGAAAUAUAGUUCCUAGGAUCGAGCGAAUUCAACUCUUUUCUUGAGUUACCUGAGUGCUAUAUUGGGUCAUUGUAAAUAUUCGACAUGUUUCUUUCUAUAUAUAUCUAUCUAUCUAGAUAGAUCAGAGACUUUUUUAA